AAAAGAUUUUCAUUAACAAUGGUAAAUUUGAUUGUGAUAAUUCUUUUAGCCAAAAGCUCCAAAGACAUCCAAGGCUAAGAAGAUUUAAAAGAAAGUAGCAGACAGAAAGAAGAAUCCCCUCUUUGUUAAAGACGCCAAAAACUUCAGAAUUGGAAAUGAUGUCCAACCAAAGAGAGAUUUAUCAAGAUAUGUCAGAUGGCCUCGUUACAUUCUUUUACAUAGACAAAAAAAGAUUUUAUUGCAAAGAAUUAAAGUACCAGCAGCCAUUCAUUAAUUCAGCAAAACACUCGACAAAAAUCAAAGUAAUGUGUAUAUAUUAAUGUUAGGUUCAAAGGUCUAUGCUCUUUUGAAGAAAUACGCCCCAGAAACCAAAACCGAAAAGAAAUAAAGAUUAGUCAAGGCUGCUGAAUCCAAGGCAUAAAACUAAAAGGCAGAUAGCAAGAAAGUGACAGUCCUCAAAUUCGGAUUGAAUCAUGUUACUACUUUGGUUGAAACAAAGAAAGCCAAAUUAGUUUUGAUUGCUUAUGAUGUUGAUCCAAUCGAAUUAGUUGUUUGGCUUCCACAAUUAUGUAGACGUUAAGAAGUUCCAUUUGCCUUUGUUAAAAGUACAUAAAUAUACAAUUAUAAAAGACAAGGCCAGAUUGGGAGCAUUGGUUCACUAAAAGACUGCAACUUGUGUAGCAUUGACCGAUGUCAGAAAAGAAGACUAAGCAGAAUUCGACAACUUAGUAAUCAUUUAAUAUAUUCUAGGCUCGUGAUUUGAGAUAACACUACAAUGAAAAUCAUGAAUUGUUAAGAACUAUCGGAGGUGGUCAAGUAGGAAUUAAAUCAAGACAUCAAUAAGAAGCUAUAAAGAAGGCAUUUGAAUUGGAAGAACUUAAGAAAACAAGUUAAUGAUCAAACAUAUCAAAAUAUAAUAUAAAAUAAGAGAAUUUGUUGAU